AUGCCCUGGCAACCUCUGCCUCGCAUCGCCUUCGCCAUCGCGACCUACCCCUUCGCCCCCCAAGAGCCCGAGGACCUACCGCUCGAAAUUGGCGACGAGCUGUACAUAAUCGAGGAAACCCCCGACGGGAGCUGGCUGCGCGGGUACCUAGUCGCACAGCCCUCCCUGGUCGCCGGCCUGACCUCGGUCAAGGGCCAGACGCUCGAGGCUAGGAUUUACAAUGGCAUCUUCCCCAGGAGCUGCGUCGAGAUCCGCGAGGUCCUCGGCGAGACAGACGACCCGGACGGCAACCCCGACCCCGACCCGGACAGCUUUGUACAAGCAGCCGACCCGGGCACCGACUCUGCAAAAAGCGGCAUCACGGGCGACGUCAACAGGCGUCGCAAGAACGAUGGCGAGCUGGGCCCCGUACUCAGUCCGGUCAGUGACGGCGGCAGGCCGAGGAAAUGGACAAAAGACCUGCCAAACGGCACACAUGGCGCCCUGUCCGUCCCGGUGCAGAGGGACCCCGACGCCCCUCGCCCGCAGGCCCCGGUGCCAAUGUUGAAGAUCGGCGACGAGACACCUACCUCGGCCUCCGAGCCAUUGAUCGACGAGAUCGCAUCUUGUCUUCGCGAGUGGCAUUCUACAAACUUGCACGAGCUCCUGCUGUCGCGCCAGUACCCCAAGCUGGAAAACCUCGGCCAGCUCGUUACUGCGCUCUACUUCGCCCGGCAGCAGUUCCUGCACAACGUCCUCACAGCAUGGGAGUACAGGCGCCUGCGCGAGAGGACCGUUUGGGAUCUCGUGCGCGUCAACAAGCUUUGCGGCGGAGAGGUCAUUGUGCGCGAUCCCAAGGAAAGGGGGCGGGUGCUGACUGCGGACGACUCCGUCGUCGAGGUGACCAAGCUGCAGUCCGUCAUGAGCUUGCUGGAUGAGCCGCCUCGCCCUGUCGUGGAGUCCACGUCUCUGCACCAUUUGUUGGUUGACGUGCGAAGCAUUGCCGGCUCUCUCGGCGAGUCAACGACUCUCGUGCUUCAUCUUGUCAGACGGCCCCUUGGUGGGCUGCCCACCCAGCUCUCGGAGCCCUACAUCAUCGAGAUCCCCGCAGGUGGCGCCAUGGGCAGCCUGGGCAAGAGCGCACACGCGCGCAUGCGGACGCUCUUUUCGGACCUUUCGCCCCAGGACACUGGCACUGCGCCUUCGGUAGAGUCCGAGAUAUACCUGGUUGUCAGGGUCCGUGUUGCGGAGCAAAUCGUGACUGGUAAGCCGAGCUCAAGGUCCGGCUCUUUCUCGAGGGAGGCCGCGUCAUUGUCGAAAGAUGGAACCCGGCCGCCGCUUUCCAGCGGAAACAAGUCUGUGCGAAGGAGUUUGAUGUGGGCUGGGAAGAGCACCAGGUCGGCACUCUCCAGAGGCUCGCCUAUGGCCAAGGUCGACGAGAGGGCCGAGGAGAGGCCCUUUUCCGGCGGCGCGGAGAGCAGAGAAGGGCCGCAGCCGCCGGGGACCGCUAGCUCAAAAGCAUCUCACUCGUCUAGCGAUGGAACGGCAACCAUGACGGCAGACCGGCUCGCUGGCGUAGGGUGUCUGAGGCUGGAUGCUAUCCUGAGGCAAGACGAGGAGGUCGAGCAGGUGCUCGACAUUUGGUCACCAUCGGCGAGGUUCGUUUCGGAGAGGGAAACCGGAGAUGAAUGGGACCCCCUGAUCAGGGAGAUUGUCGACAGCAAGUCCGGUCAGUAUGAGAAGUCGAAAACUGUGGAGCGGCUCCAAUUGCACCUGAAAGCCUUCAACCACCCAGACUCCGAUGUCCUCAUCAAGGCCACGCCAACCCUGCUGUCCGGCACCUCCAAGACCAGAAAGAUGGGCUUUUCGGGGGCGCCCACAAAACCCAGGUCGGAUAUUUACAUCACCCUGGACGAGGCAAUCCUGUCCAAGCAGACUCUGCUGUCACGGUACGGCGCCAGUGCGAGCUCCAUGCCCUCAAACUUACCGGGGAACAAUGUUCAGGUUACUCUGGAGGUUCGGAAACCAAGCGGUGAGCAGAUUGGUGGGUGCAUCUAUCCCUCUUCCAACUCCGAUGGCCUCGACACUUGGAAGUCGACUGCGACAGACCCAGGUGAGCCAUGGAGGCAGACCUUGCGUUUGGUGUUGAAAGACGAAGACGUCCCCGUCGCUCACCUGGUCAUGUUUCUGGCCAAUAUGCCCAAUCCACCCUUCGCCAUAGCAUACUUGCCACUGUGGGACCAGCACGCCUUCAUCAGGGAUGGAAUACACGGCUUGCUCCUGUACAAGCUUGAUGAGUUUACCUCGUCGGCACAGGCUGGGCCUGUGGGCAAGGGUGGCUACCUGUCUCUGCCACCGACCGCCAAAGGUCACUCGGCAGACGUCACUGGCCCAAUCGCAAUCUUACGGCUGGAGUCGUAUCUCUGUAGUACGCGAUACUCUCAGGAUCGCGUGGUUUUGGCCCUGCUCAAAUGGAAAGAACGGGCACGGUCUGAGAUUCCAGGCCUGUUGAAAGAGCUCAUCUUCGUCGAUGAGAUAGAGAUCGUGAAGCUCCUUGACGACAUCCUUGACUCGCUCUUCGCUAUCCUUGUCGAGUGGGCAGGCAACGAUGAGUACGAAGAUCUCGUUUUCAGUGCCCUGGUACGGGUAUUGGACAUCACUCACGACAGACGUUUCAACAUUGCGCCUCUGGUAGACCAGUACGCGGAAACGAAAUUCAAAUAUCCAUUCGCCACGCCUUGCCUGGUCAGGUCGUUCACGAGGCUAUUACAGAAGCCCACUGAGCCGGAAACAGCAAGAAAGUUGAGGGCCACAUUCAAGGUCGUCCGUCACAUACUCAAGUUCAUCACCCAUGGUCGGGGCCAACAAAAAGAGAAGGAAGCGGGAAUCGGUAUCACCAGCAACAACCCGGGUUUCACUCGGCAUUUGCGUAGCAUUUUCAAGGCCCUCGACUCGAUGAUGCGCAGCUCUGCGCCCGUUCUUGUUGGCAGCCAGACCUUGGCAGUCCAACACUUCCACACGUGGCUGCCGGAGCUCUCUGGGCUGCUGACAAACGAGGAGAUCCUGCACAUAGCCAUCGACUUUAUGGACUCAUGCUCGUUCGUCAAGGGCAAGCUGGUCCUCUACAAGCUCGUCCUGAUCAUCAACUACGCCAAGUUAGACAUCUUCUCGCACCCUGAGCAGAGGUCCGCUCUGAGUGCCAACACCGUCAGAUGGAUCGCGCCUCACUGGGGUCAUACAGAAGAAGUGACUGGGGUGUGGAAAGACCAGGUCCGCCUUUGUUGCUCGAUUUUAGCCAGCCAGGUUGACCACCUUGGUCCAGAGAUCCCGGAUUACAUACCCAAACUCAUCGAUUCGUAUCUCUGCAUCCAAGCGGUGCCCCAGCGGCCCAAGCUCGGGCUGUCGCUGUUGUUCCCAACCUCGUAUCCGUUCCCCUCCAAGCCCACAAAAGACAAGAUGGUGGUGGAGGAAGCUCUCAUUGAGCUAUCGGCCGUCCUGUCGGCACUGGCGAGCUCGCCUAGCGGGAUGCAGUUGGAGCUGACCGACGAUGAUUUGAGCGUGGUGCUGGAGAACACCCUUCACGUCCAUAUGAGCAUCCUGCAGGGCGAGGCUUUCCCGCCCGACUGGCUUAGCGUCCACAUAUACCACCACAAGUCCGCCAUGCGAACUUUGCAAUACCUGUCGAGCAUUUUACUAGAUACCUUCCUGCCGCACCCAGACGAGGCGGAGUCCUUCAACACGGAGCUUUGGAAGGUCUUUUUCACAACCCUGUUGAAGUUGGUCGGCAGUCCGUCACUCGCUCUCGAGACAUUUCCUGAACAGAAAAGACGUGCUGUCUGGAAGAUCGCGGGUGAUGUCCGCGAGCAUGGGUCGGAUCUCUUGAGGAGGACGUGGGAGGCUAUCGGCUGGGACACGAGCCCUGAUGAGAAGCAGCGCUAUGGCCUGAGUAGGAUGGGCGGCUAUCAGGUCCAAUACGUCCCAACGCUCGUCGCUCCGAUUGUUGAGCUCUGCUUGAGUGUGCACGAGGGCCUCAGGAAAAUGGCAGUUGAAGUCCUGCAAACGAUGAUUGUGAGCGAAUGGACACUGAGUGAGGACCUAUCCGUCAUUCAGACCGAGAUCAUCGACAGCCUGGACUCAUACUUCAAGACAAAGCCCCUAACCGAGAGCAUACUUCAAAAACUCUUUGUUGGUGAGGUUCUGGACCGAUUCGAGCCGCUGGCUGAAAUACCCGAUGAGCCCCUGUACGCCGGAAUCCGCGAUCUCAUGGCGACGGUCGACGAAUUUCUAGACCUCCUUGUUGCAGUACAUAGCGGGGAUGGUUCUGGCGAGGCCUCAAACCUCAUUAACCGUCUGCGCCUGAUGGAGUUCCUGCGUGACAUGCAAAAGGAGGAGAUAUUUGUGCGCUAUGUACAUCAGCUGGCAGAGCUGCAGGCCGGGGCGAGGAACUUCACAGAAGCCGGUCUGGCCCUGCGCCUGCACGCUGAUCUCUAUGAUUGGGAUCCUGUCAAGUCCAUUCCGGCCCUCUACGACCCGGAAUAUCCUGCUCAAACACAGUUUGAACGGAAAGAGCGCAUCUACUUCGACAUGAUCAAAUACUUUGAGGAUGGUGAAGCAUGGAGCAGUGCGCUUGCCGCCUACAAGGAACUCGAGGCCCAAUACGAGUCCAACGUGUUCGACUUUUCCAAGCUGGCCAGGACACAGCGGGCCGUUGCCACGAUCUACGAGACAAUUGCUAACAGCGAAAAGCUCGUACCGAAGUACUACAAGGUCGUCUUAAGGGGCCUCGGGUUCCCGGCAAGCGUGCGUGACAAGGAGUACAUCUACGAAGGUUGGCCAAACGAGCGAGCAUCUGGCUUUACAGAUCGCAUACAAGAGCAAUAUCCCUCCGCACAGAUAGUGACCAGCGAGAACAUUGACGACGUCGAAGGACAAUUCCUGGUCAUCUCGUCAGUCAGCCCACACCGCGAUCUCGCCCAUCACGUUUUUCAGCGGGCCAGGGUCCCGCAAAUCAUCCGGGACUACAUCAUCUCCGCACAUCCCCAGCGAUUCUCCAUUUCAACUAAGAGAAGCACCAGUGGCGCGGUGGAGGAGCACUUUGCCGAAAAGGUAGUGUAUACAACAGUCGAAUCGUUUCCCACCAUACUGCGCCGCAGCGAGAUCGUGAGCACCGAUGAGAUGCGCCUCGGAGCGAAGGAGGCGGCACUGGAGCGCAUUGUGCGCAAGACGCAAGAAAUGACGGCGGUCGAGAAGAAGAUUGUCGACGGCGACAGGAGCGACGAGGUCGCGCAGCUACUCGUGGAUGCAAUCAGCAUCAGCGUCAACCCAGAUUCGGAAAACAGCGUUGUGUCUUAUCGUCGACUGGUGCCUGGGACGCAGCCGACCGGUGACACAGCCUCACAGUCCGGCGACGCAGAAGACUUAGAAGCGCUAGAGGAGCAGAUGCUGGAUCAGCAGCCAGAGUUGGAUGCGCAGGAAAAUGCGAUCAAGAUGGCCCUGAUUGACCACGCCAUCAUGAUCAAAAGAUGCCUUGCCACGUUCGCGAAGAGCUCCAACCAAAUCCUAUUGAGCCACCACGGGGAUUUGCAGAGAUGCUUCGAGGCCACCUUUGCGGCGGAAAUCGAGGCGUUCACGCCGCCGCAACCUGCUCGGGAUAACUCGCUGCCCUCGCCAUCAAUGGCAACCCCGACCACGCCAAAGCAUCAGCACCAGUUCAGCACGGUGUCAGCCAACGGAGCAGCUGAGGUCUCUACGGUGCAGCCGGUAUCCCUACGUCAAGGUCGUGGUGCGCGGCUGAGCUUCCUGGGCGGCCGCAAAAGGGAGCCGCCCCAGCAGCCGAGGACACCGGUAAACGGCGAGCAGGGCGACAGGAGCGAGACGGCAAGUAGCCGAAGCGAGAGCAAAGGCGCGGACAGCCACAGGAGGAGCUUCUUCCGAGCACCGUCGCACGAGACCCAGCGGCCUGCCAUGGGCAUCCCAGGCAGCGCGACCAACGGAAUCCAACAAUCCAACGGACCUGUGUCGCGAUCGGGUACAGAGGGCAGCGAUUGGAUAACCGACUCUGGUAGCCAUGGGAGCUAUGACACGCGCAUUCUCGCGAGCACCCCGGUGGAUUCUGCCGAUAGGGAGAAGGAGAGACUUGACGGUGCUGGGACGCCUAAGCUGGGGGGCAUGAAGAAGAGACUCAGCUUGCUCAGGAUUGGCAAGAAGGCUGGCAGAAGUAAUGGUGCCAUGGGUGCCCUUGACGAGGAAUGA